CCAGCUGACAGCGAGCAAGAGGCGGAAUGGCAGGGACCCGCUCAGCCUGAGGGAGAACGACAGAGGCACAUUAAGAGACCGGCUGAGGAGAAGAAGAAGAGACUGUAAGACAGAGGCUGCGAGGAGAUGCCAGAAACUGAAAAGGGACAUUAAAAUAAGUUACCUUUACACGCAACAUUCCCGACCAUGGAUGAAGCUGAAUAUGGCCGUUUUGUGGACUGGGACAAGAUGGAAGCUGGUGGGCAAGAGCAAAGCCCUAAGGUGCUGAGCUGUACAGACUUCCAAGAAUUGAAGCAGAUGGCUCGCCAAGGACACUGGGCAAAGAGUCACACACUAAGGGCUAAGGUGUACCAAAAGCUGAUCAAGGAGAUACCCUGCCGUACUGUGACCCCCGACGCGUCUGUGUACCGAGACAUAGUGGGUAAGAUCGUGGGAAAGCGUUCUGCAAGCAGCCUCCCUCUCCCAGAAUUUGUAGAUGACCGCCAAAUCCCCAGCUACAGUUUGAAUUCCGAAGGCACUGGAGCUGUCCGGAAAAUAAUCUCAUGUAUCUCAAACCAGUUCCCAGACAUUUCUUUCUGUCCUGCUCUUCCGUCCUUGGUGGCGCUGCUUCUCCAUUACAGUCAGGACGAAGCCGAGUGCUUUGAAAACGUGUCCCGAAUCUUGGCAUGCAAUGACCCCAAUAGAAGACUUGUUGACCAAACCUUCUUGGCGUUCGAAUCCUCCUGUAUGACUUUCGGAGAUCUUGCCGGCAAAUAUUGUCAAGGCCCCCACAAGCUCAUGGUGGCGGUGUCUGAAGAUGUACUGGAGCUCUACUCUGACUGGCAAAGAUGGAUCUUUGGAGAACUGCCUUUCGCUUACAUUACACGCGUGUUCGAUGUGUUUCUGGUAGAGGGUUACAAAGUGUUGUUUCGUGUAGCCCUGGCUCUCCUCAAGUUCUUCCAUAAGGUUCGAGGUGGGCAGCCUAUGGAGUCAAACAAUGUUAAAAGAGACCUUCAGAUGUUUGUGAGAGACCUCAACAAAUGUGUAACUCCCGAAAAGCUUUUAGAGAAGGCAUUUGCUAUCCGACUGUUCUCACGCAAGGAGAUACAGUUGUUGCAGAUGGCCAAUGAGAAAGCCCUACAGCAGAAAGGAAUUACUGUCAAACAGAAAAGGCAGAAUGUCCACCUCGCUGUUCAUGCCGAAAACUUCACAUCUGAAAUUGUGUCCGUGAAAGAAAUGCGGGACAUCUGGUCUUGGAUUCCAGAGAGGUUUGCCCUGUCCCAGCCGUUGCUGCUGUUCACCAAUCGGGAGCACGGGAACAGCCUCAGCCGGUUCUAUUUGCACUGCGAAGGGCACGAGCCGACCCUGCUUCUGAUCAAAACUACAAACCAGGAGGUAUGUGGAGCCUUCCUUUCCACAGACUGGAGCGAGCGCAAGAGGAGUGGCAAUAAGCUGAGCUUCUUUGGAACAGGAGAAUGCUUUGUGUUUCGGUUACAGCCAGAGGUUGAGCGAUACGAGUGGGUUGUAAUAAAGCACCCGGAACUUGGCAAAGUGAAUUCUUCUUCUGCUGACAAAGAAGCAAACUCCUCCCAAUCAGACAAAGAUGGCAUUGAUCCUUCCAGUCGCCUCUCACCAUUCCUGGCUACCCGGCACUUCAACCUCCCGUCCAAAACUGCCUCCAUGUUUAUGGCUGGCAGCAUAGACUGCAUUAUUAUUGGCGGUGGCGAUGGGCAGGCCUUAUACCUGGACCCGGACCUCAACUACGGCAGAACCAGUCACUGUAACACCUUCAACAACCAGCCUCUGUGCUCCGAAACCUUCCAGAUCUCCAUUAUCGAGGUGUGGGGAUUUAAGGACAACAUGAACAACGAUGGAGCUCACUCUGCUUUGCAUUGAUCAUAGCUGUGUCCGCUUAGAAUCCCGGGUCUGUCCCAGUGGGCACCAAUGAAAACAGGUUUAUUGUAGGUAAAAGUAUGUGAUCUCCCCUACACUUACCAGCAAAUCCCAUAUUGGCAUAUGAACAGUAUUAUGACCUGUCGGAUAUUGGCUGAAGAGCUUCCGUUGAAGCCCUGGCCACAGACUGUUGAAUGGAGAAUCAAUAUACUCUUCUGGGUCUUUAUUCCAUUGAUCUUCAACCUGUUUCGCUCCAUCAAACUACAAUUCUAAGCAGGUUACAGAUCCCGGCUAUACUCCUGGACCAAAACAUGUUGAUCUGAUGCUUUCCAAAUGUCUUAAAGGGGAACCAUCGCGAAAAUGAACAUUUUAAUAUAAUCUUCUUCAUACUGAAAUAAGAAACUUUCUAAAUACAAUUGAUUAUAAAUUUUGCAUUGUUUUGAAGUAUAUAUUCACUUUUCCUCUCUCAGCAUCUGUUUCUCCUCAUUCUGUCUUUAUUCAGGAGCUGGGUGUCAGAUGAAUGAUCCAAUAUAUCUUAUAGGGGGGCUCCUUUUGCCUAGAAGAUGUAUUAGAGCUCACUCUAUUAAACUCACCAGACAUCAUGUCUCUCUACAUGCAGGAUUUGUCCAAAAGGCAGUUAUUUGUACUGGAAUCCAUUAUUUGAGUGAGCUCUAAUACAUCUUCUAGGCAAAAGGAACUCCUCCCCCUAUAAGAUAUACUGGAUCAUCCAUCUGACACCCAACUGCUGCAUGAAGACAGAAUGAAAAGAAACAGAUGCUGAGAGAGGAAUAGUGAAGAUAAACUUGAUUAUUUCAGAAAAGAUACAGAAUUUUUAAUUGACUAUUUAGAAAGUUUCUUAUUUCAGUAUGCUGAAUUUUUGCAAUAGUUACCCUUUAACUGUUCGUCUCCAAACUCUUCUGCCCUCUUCCUUUACUGAUAUUCCCUCUCCUACCCAGUGGAUAACAUUCACCAGCUGUCACUUAUAGUUGUGUCUGUUUUGUGUCGCAUGUGUUGCACCGUCUCUGUGUUAUAUUAUCUCCCCCCCACGGUGAGGAGUUGAUCAGGUCCAAACCCUUUUGUUGUCUGUUCUUUAUGAAGGAAAAAAAGACGGACUGAUCAAUCGUCUCAAUUCCUCAGGUGUUUUUCGUGGUGAAUGAAGUGCUCGUAGAACUGAAACAGUCAUUUCAAUUGUCUUGAAUGAACGGCCAAUCAUGUGACGGAGGAUUUUCCUAAAUAAAUGAAGUGAAUUUCUUAA